AUGGCACAAAAACAUUUCCUCCAGGCGAACAUCAAUCACUGCGCCAGAGCGCAGGACUUGCUUGUUCAGAGCCUGGCGCAGUGGUCAAUCCACGUGGCUGUAGUCAGCGAGCCGUAUUUCGUUCCCCGGGAUGACUGGGCAGGGGACUCCGACGGCUCGGUGGCUGUCAUCACCGGGGUGCCGCCGGCUCCCCGCCCUUCGAAAAAAUCCCUAGCCGAAUUUGAGAGUUUUCUCAUUCGGCUGGGAACCCUGGUGGUGCAAAGCAGCCAGCCCCGCCCUGUGCUUGUCGCCGGCGACUUCAAUGCCAAAUCCUUGGCCUGGGGUUCGUCGGUGACGGACGCGCGGGGUAAGGGCCCUGGAGGAAUGGGCGAUCUCCUCAGGACUGGUCGUCCUAAAUCGGGGUCGGAGGACACGUGCGUGCGGCACAACGGGGGUUCGGUGGUGGACAUCACGUUCGCCACCCCGGACCUAGCCCGCCGUGUCCAGGGCUGGAGAGUCCUGGUGGAGGAGGAGACGCUGUCCGAUCACCGGUACAUACGGUUCAGUGUCUCCACUCCCCGGACCAACCAGCCCAGCAACAGUGGAAGUUUGACCUCCCGACGAUGGGGCGGCCAGCGUUGGGCCGUUACGCAGCUCAACCGGGAGGCCGUGAAGGAAGCCGCUCUUGUUCAGGCGUGGUUCCCUGUACCGGCAGGGCCGGUGCGGGUCGAAGAGGAGGCGGAGUGGUUCGGGGGCAAUGUCGCAAAUCUGCGACGCGGCCAUGCCCAGGCCCGAUGCCUCCCUCCGAAGCGACAGGUGUACUGGUGGUCGGCGGAGCUCACCCAGUUACGCGCGUCCUGCAUGGCUGCGCGCCGUCGACUCGCCAGACACCGCCGCCGUCAUUCCCGUCCGCCCGGCGAUGAUGAACAGGAGCGGCUGCUUCACGGCCUACACAAGACGGCCAAGAGAGCGCUGCGGGUGGCCAUUGCGCAAGCAAAGGCCGCGGCACGUGAGGAGUCUCGGAGAACUCUCGACAGCGACCCGUGGGGACGCCCGUACCGCAUGGCGUUGAGCAAGCUCCGCCCGUGGGCGCCCCGCUGA